UGUCCAUAGUAAAUGGUGUUUAGAAGAGAAAUAUAACCCAACUGGCAUAAGAUUUCAAAUGUUCUUUUGUAUAUAAAUGGUCUUAAUGUCACAGGGUCAGUAAAAUGUGCAGCCUGACCAGGACUUGAACCUAGGAACCUUGGAAUGCCUUUCCGCGGCUGGACUACUGAGCAAGCCAUCCGGGCACUUUAAGAAAAUGCACAUCUUCCCUAAAUAGUGAACAGUUCUGAACUAUGACAUACUCCCGCACUAUAUUGAAAUCUGUCCUUGUUACAGAGCAAUGUAAAUUAAACGCUGAGCUAUAUGCAGACACAGUCCCAUGUUGGGCGCAAAAUGUCACAGUGAAAAAAUUAGCAGUCUGACUGUUCCACAGCUACUGACUGAGCCAUCUGGCCUAUGACAAAUAUUUUUUCUUAAAUUGUGGUCAGUUCUGAACUAUGACAUUAGCAUAAUGCUUUGAAAAUUAAGCAAUGUAUACUUUUCUUAAGAGUCAUGGUAUCCAUAAUAAUUCGUUGAAAUUUGGGGUCAGACUAUUCCCGGCUAUUCUCCAGUGUUGUCAGGUCCUAUCGACUUUUAACAUUGUAACAGGAAUGUUGCAUCUGUGCCAUUGUCAUAAAAGUUAAAACAUGUUUUCUUUCAAUUUUAACGUGAAUAUAAAAAUCCCAGUUUCAAUUAAGUGAAGAUUGCCGACUUAUAAAACAUAGAUUGAUAGUUAAAACGAAAAUUUUCUUCUGGAUUUAUAUAUUUAUUAUAGCCAGGACUGUGCACACUUGGCAGUUUUAUCACUGUAAAAAAACUUCAUGAACAUGAUAGAGGAGAAAAUGUGUAACUUAAGCAGGUAAUGGUAGGUCAAUUGGUAGAGCUGCAGUAAAAAUACUUUGUCAAAUACUCAAACACCAGUCAGGCUUGAGGCUUUAAAUUUUGCUCACCCUGUGGCAAUUGUUUUCAAGUUACAAUAGGAUUUGUAGGCCAAUGUUAUAGCUGAGUAUAGAUUAUAAAUCAAAGUGUUGUUUGUACUAUACAUAGUUAUAGUGUUAGACAUGGCAUUUAUGAGUAGUUUAUGAACUAUUUCAGGUGAGAUCAAACAAUGACAACAAUAAAACACACACUACAGAAGGAUUUAUUUUUGCCGAAUGACGAAAGACUGGUUGGUCUGGUAAAUGUUACUCAGGCAGGCAAAAAGAAGAAAAGUAGCAAGAGCAGCUUUCUCUGUGCAGCAUUAAGUACAGGAGUUGAUGGUAACACACAGGUACAUGUGUAUCAGAUAAAGAAAGCAGAGAAGGGAGACAACUUUAAGAAAAAAGUAACAUGGACAUUGAGAGAACUGAAGGCUGUUGAUGGGAAGGAUAAAACAAAGGAGAUAGCAGAUUUUGAUCUACAUUUUGAGAAGAUCUAUAAAUGGACAGCUUGUAGCGUGGAGGAUAAGGAAUCUUUUAUUUCUUGUUUAUGGAAGUUAUCACAGAGACAUCUUGUACAGAAACCCGAGUUCAAUAAUGUUCCUGAAAGACUUCUUGAAGAAAUUAUCAAGCCUACCAGUCAUGGCCAGGCAACGCAGGAAGGUGUUGCCAUAGCAACAGAACUUGAAGAUUAUCAGGCGUUGUCAGCAAGAGAGGAAUCAGAUUUAGAAUCUCUAAUGUCAAACUGUGAUGCUGCCAUCAGUAAUGCUGAAAACUUUGCUGAACAACUCUCCAAACAACUCUCAGUUCUUGAUGGGGCAAACAUUCACUCUAUAAUGGGAAGUGAAGACCAAGUAUUAAACUUAAUGAGACUUCUAGAUGAUGGCAUACAACAGGCAGAAAAUAUAGAGAGUAAACUAGAUUCUUAUGAUAGAAUAUUACAGUCAGUAAAGGACCAGAUGGAAGUAAUGAAGGACAAGGAUACUCUACUGUCUGUAAGGAAUGAUAACCAUCAGAAAAUGUUGGAGGAAAUUGAAAGCCUUGUUAACCAGUUAGAUUUAGAUGACAAGUAUGUAAAAUCCCUGAUAGAAGGUGAUCUGUCCACGCCCAACGGUAUACUAGACUGUACCGCGGCAGCACAACAGCUACAGAGAUGUCGGCAUGCCAGUAUACAUGAUGCACUCCUUAAAUUGGCAGCUGUAGAAGAACAGAUGAAAAAGUUUAAUAAAUUGAAAGUAGAUUUCUCCAGGAGGCUUAUCCAUCAUUUAAAUAAUUUGUUCAUUCACCAGGGGAACGAGUUAGGUGAGACAUUGAGUAGACAUUCAUCAGAGCUGAAGUUACCCCAACAUCAUUCUAGUCACAGAGAUCUUACUCCAUACACAGAACUUAUGGCAUGGCUUAAACAAGCGGAUCAUAACAGCUUUAAAGAAUUAGCCAAGGUAUAUGCUACAAAUUUGUCAAAGCUAUACAGUAAGGAAAUACAAGAGUUUCUAGAAUGUGCCAGACAGACUAUGAUGGGUAAAGGAGAUAAAGCUAAACUGAAUGUGAGCGGAGCUAAAUUAUCGGGAUCAUCUGCUAGCAUAGGAUCACCAUUGGACAGUAAGAAACGAGCAGGUUCUGUACACAGUGUAGACUCCAUGUCAGUAAUGCAGGGGACAGACGCUGACAUGUCAAUGAGAUAUUUGUUUGACCAGGUGUUUGACAAGGUAUUGAGUGAGUUUGAACCUGUAUGUUUAGCAGAGCAGGAUUUCUGUUGUAAAUUCUUCCAUCUACUGUCAGAUGUUCAACCUUCAGCUUUACAGGAAGUGGUGGAUGAAGCAGAAGAUACAGGAGAUAUCUGGAUGAAACAGAAACCUAAAAUUACAAUACAAUUGGUAGAUGAUGACUCAUAUCCCAGGUAUAGCUUGUACUUGUGUAAUUCUGUUGUCUCUGUAUUUAGAUGGUGUUUCAAAAUCUAUUGCUAUUCUGAACACAAAUGCUGUUGUGAAAAAGAUUUUUUAUUUUUAUUUCUGAACUAGCUGACAAAUAAUUGAAUUCACAUUUCUUUGUUAUAGUUUCUUCGUUAUAGUUUGAGUUUACAAUGUACACAUCUUUUCCUUUCUUACUGUUGUUCAGAAAUUAGGGAAAUGUCUCAUUAUUUGACUAGUUGUAACUGUAUAUCUGGAUAGCUAUAUGCUUACAGGCUUUGGGCCAUUUGUCACUGUAAAAUAAAUUCGAAAAAUAUAUUUAGAAAAUAGAUGACCUACCGGUAUCUUCACAAUCAUUUGGACAUGGGUUCAAACCCGAAAGGGAACAAAUUUUUGAUCUUACGAUUAUUGUCACUAUUUUUUUUUCUAUACCAAUUUCAAAAAUUUUAGUUUCCUUUAAAUUCAGGAAUUUAUUGAAAAUGAUAUUUAUUUAAGUUUAAAAUAUUGUUUGAUAAAUACAUUUAACCCUUUUUUUGUGACAAUAUCCUUCAUAUUUUAGUACAAAAAGAUAAAUUCUAACACUCUCGUGAAUUUGUCACUAUA